CCGCGGCUAACGAACGAACCAGAAAAAAUCCCCCACCCGCUUGCUCUCUUUGCCGUGUCCCCCCGCACCGCAUCCCCCAAGCGCAGCGCAGCUAGCUCUCGCUUUCGGCGCGCGCUCCCUCUCCCCACCGCGUCCUCCAGGGCGCCCCAUGAGCUGAGGCCGCCGCCGAUGGGCCCGCCCCCCGCCGCGCAGGACCCCGCGCCGUCGCCGUCGGGCGGCUCCGGCUCCUCCAGGCGCCGCCUCCGCAGGCUCGACCGCCGCAACGCGUCCAAGAACAUCCCCUACGACGCCAACAACUUCUGCCCGUUCCCGCCGUCCCCGCAGCCCGCCUCCGCGCCGGCGUCGGGGCCGGCCUCGCUCGCCGCCUCCGCGGCCUGCUCCCUCGACCUCGUCAACAGCUUCCGCAUCGGCGGCAGCGGCGACGGCGGCGGGGACGUCCUGUUCCUCUGCCAGAGCCUCGGCCUCGCCGGCCCCGAGGACUUCGCCAUCCCGAUCGCCGACUGGGAGGCGCACAAGGCCGUGCGGUCCUCGCCUUCAUCCGCGCGGCACAAACCCGAAACCCCAGCGCGGGACUCCCCGCUCCGCCGCGAGGGUGUAGAGGAGGAGCCUAUCCGGCCAGCGGACGCCGAACCCGAGCUACCGGCGAAGGAACAGGCGGCAAGGGACGUCCCAAUCGAAGCACUGGAGCGGCCGGCAUGGCUGGAUCCGCUCGAGUCCACCCGUCCGGAUGUGAAGAAGGCAGCUGGGGAGGGAGGAAUCAAGGGCUUGCGCCCGCCGCCUGUGCUCAAGCCGCCGCCCUCGAUGGCGCUGCCGGCUGUCUGCGGGGCGGGAUCCACGUGGGAUAUCCUGCGGUCGUUCGCGCCGGAUGAGAAAGAGCACGCCCCGGCGAGCAGAUCUGGCCGAGGUUUUAGGCACCAGGAUGCGGUGGAGGUGGAGGACGACGAGGAUACGGCGGUAGUGUUGACGUUGGAUGAUCUCAGGCUUGGGGAGUCGUCCGAGGGCUUCACUGGCACUUCUUCCCUGUCGACCACGAACGACGACGAGACUUCGAGCACGACCACCGAGUCCAUGUUCUACAUCUCACCGAACGGGCGGUUCAGAAGGAAGAUCCGGUCAUGGAACCGAGGGGUGCUCCUGGGGAGUGGCUCGUUUGGGACGGUCUAUGAGGGCAUCAGCGAUGAGGGUGUCUUCUUUGCCGUCAAAGAAGUAAGUUUAUUUGAUCAAGGGAGCAACGCGAAGCAGUGUAUCUUUCAGCUUGAGCAGGAAAUUGCACUUCUGAGCCAGUUUGAACAUGAGAAUAUAGUACAGUACUAUGGAACAGACAAAGAAGAUUCGAAACUUUACAUCUUCCUUGAACUAGUGACCCAAGGAUCCCUUGCAUCUUUGUAUCAGAAGUACCGCCUGCGAGAUACUCAUGUCUCUGCAUAUACAAGGCAGAUCCUCAAUGGAUUGACUUACCUCCAUGAAAAGAACAUUGUUCAUAGAGACAUUAAAUGUGCAAAUAUUCUGGUGCAUGUCAAUGGAUCUGUGAAACUUGCAGACUUUGGACUUGCUAAGGAGAUUACCAAAUUCAGUGCGGUUAAAUCAUGCAAAGGAACUGUUUAUUGGAUGGCACCUGAGGUUAUCAAUCCAAAACAGACGUAUGGACCUGCUGCUGACAUAUGGAGUCUUGGUUGCACCGUCCUAGAGAUGUUGACACGCCAAAUUCCCUAUCCUGAUCUGGAAUGGACACAAGCUUUAUACAGAAUUGGUAAAGGGGAAGGACCAACAGUUCCUAGUGGUCUUUCAAAGGAUGCCCGUGAUUUUAUAAGCCAGUGUGUAAAACCCAAUCCAGAAGACAGACCUUCAGCAUCCAAACUGUUGGAGCAUCCAUUCGUUAACAGGUCAAUAAGAUCAGUACGGUCCAUGAGGACAUCUUCACGCUCAAAUUCAACUACACGUGGCAUCAAUUGAUAAGCGGGGGAUGAUUUGUAGCACGGUGGCAGAAUGAUAUUAGUCGCCGCUUAUCAUGCGGAGCUGGCUGAAAGGGAGGGUGGUUUGCCUGGAGAGCUAGUAUUGUAAACGCUCAAUGGCAUCCUUGUCAACCUUUUAGUGUUCUUUCCAUUAGUUGAUUCUUUGACAUAUGUUAGAGGGAAGAAAGAUGUCGUGGUUGAGCCGCCGGCUAAUAUUCUUCUGCCCGGAGGCCGGAGGAGGUAGGAACAGUGAAUGUGCAUUUGAGCGCAUGAGUUGUAUGUAGAGUGGGAACGGGCGAUGUAAAUAUGUCUGCAUGGGAUUUGUAUUGGUGCCAUGAUAUGCUUCUAUGAGAGAGAAAAAAAUAGAAAGAAAAAAAUCAAUGCUUUGGAACUGUCAACGACAGUUGUUAGAUUGACA